UACCCACCACCUCUUUCCUUCUCUCUCCUAUGAACUACGAUUUCAAUUCAUCUCUAGUAAAAGUUUAAUUUCCUUUGCAUAUAUUUUUCUCACUCCAUAAUCCAUUUCCCCAUUUGUUUCGAGAGCGAGCCCCUCAUUGAGGGCGCGCACUUGAAACAAAUGCAUGUGUUAACAUAUCAUGUCACAUCAUAAUCCGCACAUCAAAUUCCUCUUUUUUACUCGUCUCCUUGUCGUUGUGAUACACCUCUGGCUCGCCUGGCGACCGUCUUUUGCAAUAUCAGAGGCGGACAUCCUUCUCAAGUUUAGGGAGUCUUUGAACAAUGCUAUUGCAUUAUCCAAUUGGAAUCCUUCUCGUGGGCCUCCUUGCGAGGGUCUACGUUCAAACUGGGAUGGGGUCAUGUGCGAAAAUCGAGGUAGAGUUCUCGGACUCAAUUUGAAUGGAAAGGGUUUGGGAGGAGACCUAGAUGUUGUAGCUUUAACGGAAUUGACGAGUCUUAGGGUUUUUGGCGCCAUGAAUAACAGCUUUGAAGGGCCAUUACCGAGCUUCAAGAAGUUGGGUUCCUUGAAACACCUUUACCUGUCACACAACAAGUUUUCUGGGGAGAUCAAGAGUAAUGAGUUCGAGGGGAUGAACUCGUUAAAGAAGCUCCAUUUGGCAGGCAAUAGCUUUGUGGGUCCCAUUCCUGGCUCGUUGGCUACAUUGGGGAAGUUGGUUGAAUUGAUGUUGGAGAACAAUAAGUUUGAUGGGAAAAUACCAGAUUUUAAGCAGGAGAGAUUUACGUUGGUGAAUUUAUCCAACAAUUUACUCGAGGGUCAAAUUCCUGUUGCGCUCUCUCAUCUCAAUGCAUCCUCAUUUGCAGGGAACAUCGGUCUAUGUGGAUUGCCAUUGAAACCAUGUGUCAGUAAUCCCAAAUUACCGACGUCAACCAUAGUCAUCGUCGGGAUAUCCUUAGCGGCAGCGCUAGUGGCGAUAGUGGCCGUCAUCGUCAUCCUCACCAGUCGCAAGCGUUUUCCGGCACCAGAGGAAGGAGCGUCGAUCUCCCAAGCCACGGGUCUCCGAACAGUGCCAUUGGACGAGCUUGACAAAACUGAAAAGGGGUCAACGGCCGCAUCAAGCUCGCCGGAAUUCCCAAUGAUGUCGCCAGAGGGUAGGAAACCGGAGCCUAGCUUGAAACUAACAUUCUUGGUGGAUAGUGGAGAGAGGUUCGACUUGGCAGACCUACUAAAUGCCUCAGCAGAGAUGCUGGGUAGCGGGGUAUUUGGGUCAACCUACAAAGCUGCCCUUGGCCCUGGAUCUACCAUGGUGGUGAAGAGAUUUAAACACAUGAAUAACGUUGGAAAAGAAGACUUUCAUGAGCAUAUGAGAAGGCUUGGGAGGUUGACUAACCACAAUUUGCUUUCUACUGUGGCUUUCUAUUAUAGGAAAGAGGAAAAGCUAUUGGUCUCUCACUUUGCUCCCAAUAUGAGUUUGGCGUUUCAUCUCCAUGGGAAUAGCAAAUGUGAGGUAAGAAGUGGUUCAAAACUGGACUGGCCAACUCGAUUGAGAAUUGUUAAAGGAGUAGCGAGAGGCCUAUCAUAUCUUUACACCGAGCUUCCGAGCCUAACCGCACCGCACGGCCACCUCAAGUCUACAAACGUCCUCCUGAAUGCGUCGUUCGAGCCGCUGCUCAACGACUAUGGACUCUUACCUGUCGUCAACCUCGAGCAUGCCCAAAAGCAUAUGAUCGCGUACAAGUCGCCGGAAUACAGACAGGGCAAGCGGAUCACUAAGAAGACUGAUGUAUGGGCUCUAGGCAUAUUGAUUCUUGAGAUCUUGACCGGGAAAUACUCGGAAAACUACUUCUUGCAACAAGGCAAGGCUGGGAUUGACAGUGAUCUGGCCACUUGGGUUGAGUCUGUCAUGAGUGAUGGCUCGGUCGAGGAGGUCUUUGAUAAGGACAUGGUGGUUAAUGGUGGGUGCGAUCAGGAAAUGAGGAUGCUUUUGAAGAUAGGGAUGAGUUGUUGUGAAGCAGAUGUGGAGAAGAGGUGGGAUAUCAAGGAGGCUAUGAAGAGCAUUGAGGAG